AGAAAAGUGACUUUCGGUUUUGCUUUUCCAGACUCUGCAUCUGGGUCCGGCUAGCGAAGAUCCCUGACCCCAGACCGAGAUGAGGAGCUGCGGCCUCCUGAACAGUUCCAACAAGCCGGUGCCCCUGCGCAGCGGCUCGGUGACGGUGCUGAUCCGAGGCUUCGUGGCGGACGUGGGCUGUGAGCUGCUCUACAGGAACGAUGAGCAGGGACCCGUGGAGGCCGUGUUCGUGUUCCCCGUGGACGCCGAGGCGGCCGUCUACGCCUUCCAGGCCCACCUGGGGGGCACCUGCAUCCAGGCCCAGCUCCGCGAGAAGAAACAGGCGCAGGAGCUGUACGGGGAUGCACUGGCCGGGGGGCAGAGCUCCUUCUUGCUGCAGCAGGAAGGGGCCGGGGGCGAUGUUUUCAGCUGCUCCCUGGGGAACCUGCCCCCUGGGGAGGAGGCGGUGCUGACCCUGCGCUACGUCUGCGAGCUGUCGCUGGAGCCAGAUGGAGCUGCCCGCUACAUGCUGCCAGCUGUGCUGCGUCCCCGCUACACACCCCAUGGGUGGGACGGGGAGGACGUCACCCAGGGGGUCCCGCGAGUCCCCCAGGGGGAGCUGCCCUACACCUUGAGCCUGAGCGCCACGCUGCAGUCACCCCACGGCAUCGACCGCGUGCUCUCCAACUGCUCCCUCACCCCCCUGAGCUACACGGCCGGGAACCGGACCAGCGCCCAGGUGUCUCUGGCCGAGGCCCCCCCGUGGGGCCGGGACGUGGAGCUGCUGGUGUAUUACACGGAGCCGCACAAACCCAGCGCAGUGCUGGAGCUCGGGUUGCCCGGAGCAGAGCCAGGCUCCCUGAUGGGCGACCCGGCCGUGAUGGUGACCCUGCUGCCCAGCCUGCCUGAGGCGGUGCCGGGCCAGAGCCCAUCCGGGGAGUUCAUCUUCCUGCUGGACCGCUCCGGCAGCAUGCAGUGCCCCAUGGACGGCCGAGACCGCUCACCCCAGCGCAUCGACAGCGCCAAGGAGACCCUGGUCCUGCUGUUGAAGAGUUUGCCCCUGGGCUGUUAUUUCAACAUCUACGGCUUUGGGUCUCGGUUCGAGUCCUUCUACCCGCAGAGCAUGGCAUACACCCAACAGACCAUGGCCGAGUCCCUGCAGCACAUCCAGCAGCUCCAGGCUGACCUGGGGGGCACCGAGAUCUUGGCGCCGCUACGAGCCAUUUACCGCAGCCCCUGCCAGGACGGGCACCCGCGCCAGCUGUUCGUGUUCACGGACGGGGAGGUGGGUAACACCAAGGACGUCAUCACUGAGGUGCAGUGUCACCAGAGGUCCCACAGGUAA